UCUACUUCAAAAAAGCUCUGCUUCAACACUCAUUAAAAAGCGGCGAAGAAGAUGAAAUGGGGAAAGAAAACCAGAGCCGAGGACGAAAAGAAAACGAGGAAAUCCUCUUUCUCUUCCACUUCCUCUUCCUCAUCUUCAUUUCACCUCUCCAAUUUCUUCCCCUUCUCAUGGUAUUCUCUCCUGAAGCGACAGAAACAUGACAGAACAAACCCCAAACAAUCUCCUCCCACCUCCUCCGCUCAUCUCUGUUUCACCACCCAACUCCUCCACCCCCCAGCCGGUGAAGCCCCUCGCCGGCGCUCAACUGGAGAAGAAGACCACCGCCGGGACAAAACAGACAUCUCCCGCUCCUCCCGCCACUAUUCUUUCAGCGAGUUCGACCUUGAACUCCGGCCAAUCUCCAGUUUCCGGCAAUGCGACGACAGUCCUCCGCCGCCGACGCCGAUGAAGCGUGCGGCGGACCGACGGCGGCGGCAGAGAAUACGCCCAAAGGUGAAAGUUUGCUCGCCCAAGGUGGCGCGUAGGAUGCUGGAAGAACAAGAAAGAAAAGAAAGGAGGAAUCUUGAGAGCUUUGCGGUGGUGAAGAGCUCGAGCGAUCCGCAGAGGGAUUUCAGAGAUUCAAUGGUGGAGAUGAUAAUCGAGAAGGGGAUGACACGGCCGGAGGAGAUGGAGAGAUUGCUGGCUUGUUAUAUUAGCCUGAACGCCGAUGAGCAUCAUGAUGCCAUCAUCGGAGCUUUCCGGCAAGUCUGCUUCGAAUUUGACGCACGGCGGUUCGCCGGCGAAUGCCAUUGCUGCCAUUGUUGUGAUUGUUUUUGAAGGAGGGAGGUGAUGAAUGUAAUGUAUUUUGUCUUUUGCAUUUAUUUCAUGCGAUCCAAAAGUGUGAUGAAUUCCUAAUUUCUGC